CGUCUUUCUAGACCCGCAGUAUUUUGUCUAGUAUUGCUCGAACGGCUAGUGACCUUCUGACCUACAGUCUGGCCUACAGUCUGUAAGAGCCCCAAUACACCUUUUUUGGUAAGGCUUUCCGAGCUAAAAUACCUACAUACUGCCGCACAUUUCCUGCAUCCUCGGUUACUUUGUGCUAAGAGGAGCCGGUUCAGGCAAGGCGCCGCUUGCACUGCCUGGCUAGACCGCAGCGACCUCACCGCUUCGCUAGUAACAUGGAUGCAAAAGGAGGUUUCAGCUUUGGUGCGUCAGACUCUACUGCUGUGCAUCCGGGUAAUGACCACGCGCUGUCAACGAUGAGCACUGCACGUGUCAUCGCGACCGCGGUUAUUGACCCUGCGUGUCCAGCAGGGUCUGAGCAGCGCCAGCGCCGGCUAGUGCUGGAACCUCUAGGUGUAUGGGUCAAGGAUGGUCAUAUUAUUGCCAAUCCGCAAGACCUCGAGUGCGCAUUCGCACAAUGUGGCAGCCUCGCUGAAGCCAACCCUAGGCCUGGGAGCAACCUGGACUACGCAAACCCUGGACAGUAUCUACUUACAGCAAGCUCCACAGCACCCGAUAACGUGAGGUCUCUGCAGCAAUCCCUUGGUGAACCAGUGCAAGCGCAGCAGCUUCCGAGUAGGCCAAGCCGCUUUGGCAUGCUGCGGAAUGUUGGGUCGUCGUCGGGAAUUACCUCCGAGUCGCCAACUACACUUGCGAGGUUCCAACCUUACCUCUUGCGUGGCAGCAGCACAGCCAUCGCCAAGCAUCCCACGCCGUCCGAUUACACCGACCUAGCGGCAGCUCGACAGCUGCCCUCGCCAACCUCUGGCCUGGUCCUGCCUUCCAAUCCUCUCCCACAAUCUGCCCCCAUGGCAACAUCCCCUUACAACGCCAUUACUCGCCACUCCUCCGCCCCCGCCUCAACCUCAUAUACCCAUUUCCAGCCUGCUCCGAGGUCACAGCAGCCCUCCGUCAUUGGCAACUCCUCCAUCCCUGCUUCGGCUUCAGCCUUGCUGUCUUCCCAACCUCCAUCACUGCCGCCGUCACAGCAGCCAUCUCAGCCGCAGGCCGCCAGCCAGCCCCUGCCGCUGGCGGGCCGCGCCUCCGGUGCUGGCGUGUCCGAGCUGUGGCACAUGUGGGCCAGCGAUGAGGUCGCAGCGCACGAGGGCUGGUCAGCCCCUGCCAUGGCGGCAGGGGGCCCCCGCCCCGAAGCUUCCCCCCUGCUCAGCCCGGCACCAGGCCUGCAGGCGAACGCCACCAGCUUUGGCGACGUCAGCAACCCGGAUAACACAAGCACCGCCAGCAACCGCGCCAGCAGCAGCAGCCUGGGGGCCAACUGCUGCCCCCGCGUCAGCAGCAUCACCGGCGGCGGCCCCAACCUGGGCAGCGGCAGCAACUUGCACAGCUCGGGCGCUGCUCCCCUGGAAGGUCCCUUCCGCCGGGGAAAGCAGCAGUAUGGCCUGGGGCGGACCUCCCGGCCGCUCUCCCCCUGGUCUGCCAGCUGCGCUGAGGUGUGGGAGGCCGCCUUCGGGGAGAACCCCGCACGCGCAGCCACGGUCACAUCAACACCUGCACACACGCCUACACCCGGUACUGAAGCUGCGCACGCAGGACACACGCAGGCGCCGCAGCAGCUCUACUUCGCGCAGCAGCAGCAACAUCAGCACCAACAACCUGGUCACGCGCCAAUAACUGUACAGCAGCAGCAGUCCCUGUGGCCGCAGCAGCAACAACAACAGCACCUCAGUCCACAGCCGGAGGGCUGGCCAGCUGCCCCUGCUUACAUGGGUGCCCAUGCUGCUGUUGCGGGCGCGGGGGUAACUGGCGGCGUGUGGGGGCUGGGGGGCGCCGGCGUGAUGCAUGCCGCGGGCGCUGCGAUGCCAUACCCUGCGGACCUGGGGCAGCAGCCCUUGGCUUACCAGGCCACACCUCCGUUUAGGCGGGGCGAGUGGCAGUAACGGUGGUGAUGGCGGUAGUUGAAUGUGCUUGGGUUGAUGCUCUUGUUUGUAUUGCUGAUGUUGCUGGUGUCGGUGUGGGGGAUUAGAUACACUGCAUGGAUGGGUGCUGGAGCAGGGGGGGUUGAGCAGUGCUGUGUGUUAGCAACACUGGCCGCAAGCAUGUGCGCUGCAGGAUGAGGCUGUGUACGGCCUUCCCGCAUCAUUACGUAAGACAGAGAGGCAACGCAGGCGUGUGAAAGAGAAGAGAGAGACAUGCAUGCGAGCAUCAUCAUGGUAUGUCAUCAGUGGUUCAUCAUUCCUCAACUAAAAUUGCCUGCGGUUCCGGUAUCUUGGCUGACCCCUGGGCCUUUCUGGCGUAUGGUGCAUGGCCAGAGUAAUCGGGCUGCUGUCAUGCAUGACCAAGCACCAUGUCGUAGUAUGUACGGACAAUUUUCAUGUCGCCGUACAGAGCAUGCAACAUUGCCAAUCCCAUUGUCGUACUGCGUUGCUUAUGAGCGGCUGAAGUAGCCGACCCACGCCAACGUACCGGUAUGAUGGGUUGCUAACCAUCGGUUCGGGUAGGGGUCAUCGUGUGCACCUUGCGCGCAUUAGUUAAGACGAGUCGUUGGUGACUGAAUCGGAAGGGAUCCUUUAGUAACGACUCCGGAGUUAUGCACAGUUAUGUAUCGUUGGCUGCCCAUAUCUUCAUUCAUGUAUUCUGGCAGGGGACGCGUGCGACGCUUCAUUCAUGCAGGCAAGCUAAAACUGCGGUCAGUGGCGAGGCCUGUAGGGUUUUAGGGCAAUCUCCUGGUUUUUUUUGCGGAGGUACCUCUUCCUUCUCCAUAGUAUGGGUGUGUGGGUCGUUCUGCAAUUGACUGCCGUUGCGGGGUGCUAGCCUUGCGUGGAAUGACCAUGGAGGGGGUAAAUCGACCUGAGACGUUCAUUCCUUUACUUUGCUUGCGGGAAAGGUGCUAGCUCUGAACGCGCAUUUCCUAUCACUGCUGUCCUGUCAUUACCGUCAGCUGUGGAGCUCAUCCGGAUAACAAUUUGGCAGAGCGUGCUUUGGUGCCGCCGAGUGCCCAGACUUGGUCGUCUGCUGUCCGUGUCCUUAACACCUUGUGGCCGCCUGUCAUGCUCAUUUGUCACUGCAACCUGCAAUGUUACUUUUUCAUGAUUGGGGUGAUUGCGAGGUGCUAGCUUCGGUGUCUUAUGCGACGUUGUGACCCGUGGGUCUUUUACAUCUUGACCAAGUGGCCGCGGCUUUGCAUGGGGGAAUGACAGAGGGCUGCUGUGCCACACCUCCCAGCGAUUGCUCGGGAUUGGGCCCGUAGCUGUGUGUGUUUUUCGGGGUAAUGGUACUGCGCAUUAUUACCAUGCAUGGUCGGCUCAGGGUUGUUGGAUGCUGGCCCGUGCCAAGGGUUUGUGCAGAAAAAAUGCGAAUGCUGACACGUGCGGGCGCGGCUGUCAAUUAACGGCGUGUGCAUGGUAGCGCGCCAAAGCAUGACAACAGCAGCUCGGAGCAGGGUGGUUUCGUCAUAUACGAGUGCUCAAACAACGUUGGGUUUGCUCUCUUCAUUACAUUCAUGAUAUGCAUGUACAGGACGCCGCCUUGUUGGAAUGCUGGAUCGGGUUGCGCAUUAAUUGGGGUCGGGAACAUGCAGGUCUGCUUUCUUAGUUGCCAUAGGUGGUUGGGUGUUUGUUGGCGCGGUGGCUGGCUUUGUGAUGUGGGGUGAAGGAGGCCUGCGGCGCCAGAUAAUCGCUUUAUAGGAUCCCAGUUGCCUUGUGUUCGUGUCCCGCUUGCAGCGAUCUUACACUUUCACACGCCAUAUGAGCGCAGUUGAAGGGAACCUCCUGGCUUGUGUGACAGGUCGCGUAACGAGAGUUUCCAAGGUUGUCCCCAAUAAGAGUUGCAAGGUUGUCACGCGUGUGUGCGUGUCGGAGCAUCGCUAUACCUACUGAGGGGUGUUCACAAACUGACAUGUGCUGGCGAGGAACGACGGGUUAUGUGCCGCGUGUUGCGGACCAUGGAGUUUAUACUUCAUGGCUUUCAGAUCAAUCAACUUCACGAAAAAGCCCUGUAAGUGGAG